AUGUGUCGCUCACUCAUUCGAUUCGAAACGACACUCCGCCGUUUUGACCUGCGUGACCUGCGCGGCCUUGGCCGGCGCAACGACAAGAAGAUCGGAGACUCGGCUACAACGGAGUCAGGUACGUAAUUCAACUAGUUCUUUAGUCGUUUCUCGAAAUUAAACAUGAGUGCAACACAGAGAAUUAAUUGGAAAUGUGAAAUUUCAGAGAACUCGCACAGGGAACAUCACCCCAAUAGUCGGGCAGUCGGAUCGGGUUUCUGCCGCCGUUUCCCAGGAUACAAAGAGAUGAGGUCCACUCGGUAG